AUGCCCGAUGUGCCAAAAGAGCGUGCCUAUGCCGAACGAUAUAAAAAUAUUGGGAUUAUAUUCAAUGUACUCAAGUGCGCUUUGAUUGGAGCUUACGUACCGUUUGGAGUUUUCCGACUAUAUGGUGAUCCAUGUCUUCAAGAUUCUUUGAACAUGUUCGUGAAGCUGUUCAUGAAGAUCCCCGAGGAAGAUUUCCACUCCUACACAAAGAUUGCUCAACACUAUUAUAAUCUCUUGGAGAAUGUGGUUCAAGACAACAUUGCCUUUGUUUCCAAUCUUCAACCCGAAGUCUUUGCGGCUAUUCUGCGAUCGGUGCACACCGGAGUGACGUCGUUAGAUGCCGUUGUCAUAACAUCUGCAUGUUCGGCGUUAGAUACAAUUUUGAAUUAUCUGUACAAGAGGUUCACAAGAUCACCACAUCCAGUAGCCAAGGUCGGGAUGGAACCAGAAGGAGACUCGUGCUUGGUUGCUGUCAAGAACCAGCCGCAACUUAUGUCUGACAUUUUAACCUCCAUGAUGACUUCGCUGAUGUUUGGUGAAGUGAAAUGUCAGUGGAGCAUAUCUCGUCCUCUGCUCGGGCUGAUCCUUUUGCAGGAAGAAGUCUUUACAAAUUUCAAACGCGAGAUUAUCUCUCAACAACCAGAGGAUCGACAUGCGGCAUUCGAUCAGGCAUUCAUUGGGCUGAUGGAUGGUGUUGAAUUGUCGCUGACAGUGAAGAAUAAGGAUAUCUUUACUCAAAACCUGGCCAAGUUUCGCCGAGAAAUCGUCGAAGCGGUCAAAGGCAAAGAAGUGUCUCCAUCGGCCAGCAACAAUGAGAUGUGCUAG